AUGUUCACCCUCGAUACUGACGAAGACCCCUCGUGGGUAACAGACCUGGAGGCUGCUCUGCAAGACGACCCAAAGACCGGCGACGACAAGAGGAAGAACGGCCCCCAGUCCUCACAAGCCAUUCUCCAGCAACUCAUGACAACUAACCCGGGUGCUUCGCUUUCAUCGUCGAUCUCAGGACAUCAACCCAGCGUCUGCCAAGUAUAUCGUGAAAUCGGAUCCAGUGCAAACAGCAAAUUAUUUGAGCAGACAGGUACCCCGUGGGCAUUCAAGGUCCUCCUUAUCGACGAGGCCAUAAAGCUAUGGAACAACUACACUAUGCAGAUGAGGAUUUACGACAGCUUUGAUGGAGUUGACAAGUUCUUCAAAACGGCUGUCGCAGUCCCUCGGGUAGUCAGGUUUGCAAACAGAACCUCGGAGUUCUGGCGCACAAAUUUGAUGCUCCUCCCCGAUGAUCCUCAAUUUCCACGCCAGCCGCGCAAUCUUCUCUGCAUGGAACGCAUCCCUCCUCCGCCUUAG